UGUGGAGGUUCAAGGCUGGCGCCGUCACUUCUGCUCGACACAGCAGGCACCAGACAGCGCCUGGCUGCCGGCUGGUGUGGGCCAGUCUCUCGCGAUGCCCCGUCUGUUGCUGCUCGUCCUCUUCUCCGCCGCUGUCGCAGUCGUGACGGUUGACGCCAUUAAGUGCUACGUAUGCGAUUCCGCAGAGGACUAUCGCUGUGGAGAUCCCUUCAGCGAUCCUGAGGACCUACUGGUGACCUGCCCAGACGAGGAUGGGUUCUGUGUCAAGAAAAACUCCACAGAUGGCAUACAGCGCUCUUGCACAGGCAGCGAUGGCGAAUCCACUCUGGAGGGCUGUGUGCCGCAAGGUGCAGGGCAGGUCGUCUUCAUAAGCACUGUAUGCAGAUCUGAUGGCUGCAAUGGUUCCGAGAUCUAGACACCUCACUGAUGCCUCACAUUACUGUGUAAGGAAAAAAGGAUGCUGAUGUAAUCUGAAGUUAAGCUUCUUAUGCAAUUGCUAACAUAACAUCAAUUCUCUUACCUUCGAUAUCGACACACGUAUGCUUACUAAACUGCAACAUACUGUGGGAUGUGACGCAAUAUUUUUAAUAAAUUUCAGUAUGCUAAAUAAA